ACAUGCAUUGCAAGGUUCAAAGUGUCUCAAAUGUUUCGUUAUCAAAACCAAACAUCUUAGAGGUAAUUACCAUGCGCGACGCGCCUAUUUGAGAAGUCAACGAAUAUUUGAAAACGCGCCUGAUUUCUUUUGCAAUGGACAGCGUUUGAGAGACAGAUAAACCGACAGCUGAAGAUCGCGUUGACUGAUAUCUGCGGUCGAGAAGAGGAGCAGCGGAGUCACCUCACGCACGCACGCACGCACGCACGCACGCACACACACACACACACACACUCCCGCUCGUGCUCUUCCACACACACGCGCUCAAUCUCUCCACCGCGCGCACAGACGCUCAUCCACUUGACCGUAUAGGCAUUGUUACAUUUCAUCCACAUUUAUAAUCCGCGCUUUGAUCCACAAUGGAAGAGAACAUGGAAGAGGGACAGACACAGAAAGGGUGCUCUGAAUGCUGCCUCAAAUGCCUGAGUGGGAUUCCCUAUGCCUCUCUGAUCGCAACCAUCCUGCUGUACGCCGGGGUGGCGCUCUUCUGUGGCUGUGGUCAUGAGGCUCUCUCUGGAACCGUCACCAUCCUGCAGACCUAUUUUGAUGUUGUCCGGUCACCUGUUGAUGCCCUGGAUGUCUUUACCAUGAUUGACAUCUUUAAGUAUGUGAUCUAUGGAGUGGCAGCAGCCUUCUUCGUCUAUGGUAUUCUGCUGAUGGUGGAGGGAUUUUUCACCACUGGGGCCAUUCGGGAUCUCUAUGGGGACUUUAAGAUCACCACCUGUGGGCGCUGUGUCAGUGCUUGGUUCAUCAUGCUUACUUAUAUCUUCAUGCUGGCUUGGCUAGGAGUUACAGCCUUCAGCUCCCUGCCAGUCUUCAUGUAUUUCAACAUCUGGAACACCUGUCAGAACGCCACACUAGUGGAAAGUUCCAACCUUUGCUUCGACCUGCGUCAGUUUGGAAUUGUGUCCAUUGGUGAGGAGAAAAGACUGUGCACCGCUUCUGAGAACUUCAUCAAGUUGUGUGAAUCUAAUGAGCUGGAUCUGACAUUCCACUUGUUUGUCUGUGCACUUGCGGGGGCUGGAGCAGCCGUUAUUGCCAUGGUGCACUACCUGAUGGUGCUGUCGGCUAACUGGGCUUACGUGAAGGACGCCUGCCGGAUGCAGAAAUACGAGGACAUCAAGUCCAAGGAGGAGCAGGAGCUUCAUGAUAUCCACUCUACUCGCUCUAAAGAGCGUCUGAACGCAUACACAUAAAGCACGCGCUCAUGCGCACACAUAUAAAUAUGUAUACACACACACGAACACACACAAGCAUGCCCUUCCCCUCCCUGAAGACACAUAUAUAAACUAAACUUAACUACGUCUAAUUUCCAUGAUUUCCAGGGGUUUGGGAUCAGAUGGGAUGGGGAGGUAAAUAACUGUAAUACUUGCUAUGUACGGGUGUGACCCAGAAUGUUGGUCUAGGGACGUUCUUAUCAUCUCCAUUGCAACAUCUCCGACUACCCAGGAUUUAGGUCUUGUUUCUUUGUCCUUGUUCCGAUUUCAUUUCUCCUCUACCUCCCUUUUCCAUUGACAUGUCUGAGAGCACAACCUGAUAAACACACUAAGUUGAGUGACUUCUCUUUUGUACCACAUACUUUUAGGUCUCAUUGGGUCUUUUUAGGGGGUUUGGGUUUAGCCAAAGGGAUUACAGAACACUUUUCACAUUUUUGUAUUACACGCCAAUGAUUUGCGUUCACCCUAUAAACGGCUAGUCAUGAUUUCGAUUUUCUUUAGACUUUUUAAAGACCAAAAUGUGACCAAACUUGUAAGUUAUGAUUUACAGGUUAAUCGCUCAAGCUGCCGCACUUACAGCAGCAACAGCACACACAAUGUACAGAUUCUUUUUCCAACAAAUUCAGUUUUGGAGUGCCAGGGAUUUCAAAAAGUACCUUAAAGUGACUUUUACUGCUAUACUGUAGCUUGGCCUAACUGUAUAUGCUAGCUGUGCGCAGUAUUAAUGGAAGGUGUGACACUGGUGCUCAGUAAUGUUUAUUGAGCUUUGACAGAGAUGGCUGCUGAUUGGGAAAGAAGGACCGAGAAAGAACGUCUCAAAUCAGCUAGAGCGGUCAAGUCGGAUUUGCCUUGGGAGACUCUACGGAUAUUUGUUUUCUCUCAUCCAUUGGAAGCCAUACUCUCACAUGCAAAUAACAUUUUCAGGUGUUUUAUUGCUUAGUUUUAGCUUUAACUUUUUAAAUGCAAGUAUUCAAACAAAAACAGGUUUUUCUGUCAUUCCUCUGAACUGUAUAUAUAUAUAUCUCUCUUUAAAUGUAUACACAUUUCAUGUCAGUUUCUAAAACACAUCUCGGCAGUCAGUGUUAGGUGAUAUUCUUGAGAUCGUCGUACAUAUCGGAGAAGUAUAAAUCUAAGUGGAAAAGUUGAUUGCAAUGACUCUGCCAAACACUGUGGAAGGUUUACAUGACAUUCGAACACGUUUCGACUAAAAACAAGAACGAUAUGGGAUGUACAAGCAUGUGUUACUCCAAACUCAGUGUUUUGGCUCGGUCUUGCCGACUUCAGUUGCCCUACUUUUGCAGUAAAGUACUUUUGUCGGUGUCUCACAAAAACUAAAAUAAAAAAAACAAGCUAGUUUUUGUGCACUUAUGGACCAUUGUGAGUUUUUUGGUGCAAGUGCAUUUGGAAUCAGCGCUGAGUCCCUGUACUCUUGUUAGUCAUGCAGCUUUUUUUAAAACCACAAAAGAAACUUGUAUUAGGUAAAAAACAUAAAUAUAGUUGUUGUUUGUGGCAUGGUUAUGCAUCAAAUGGUAAUAGUUUUAACUAACUCAAAAGGAAAAAAAAAAUCCUUUAUUUAGAUUUUUACACUUAUGACUGUCUUGCUGGUCAAUUAAUUUUUUUUUUUUCUAAAUGUGCAGUAUUACAGUUGCUACGCUAACAAUAUUAAGCUAAAUAUCUUAUUAGGUUGUAGUGUUUGUUUUGUCCUUUCUAGUUUGUGAUGAAUUUUCUGAACCAUGUCUUAUACCUAUUCUUGUUAUGAUGUUGCGUAUCCAGUAUUACCCUGACAUCGCUUUCAGCUUUAUCCACAUACUGUACUAGUUUUUUGUACUUUCACUGAGAAUGCUUUGUAGCAGGCAGUAAAAUUAACUGGUUUUGUACAUAAAUGUGCCAACAGCUUGACAGUGGCUUUUUUCUUUUCGAACUGUAGGAACAAACUUGCUUGCGUAAAUAAAGACACUUGUGUACUUGUUAA